GCAGCUGGCUGCUGCUGGCGGCUUUGCUGUUCCGGCGUGCAUUGCUCGGCGCCGCGGGCGGCGGCCUACUUCUUCCUGUGCACGCGGCUUUCGGGGAGGAGCGUCUUUGUCCAUCUGGCGCUUUGGUUCACCUUCAGGGCACCACAGGUGAUGUUUUCGUCCUCGGCGUGACGCACCUUAGCAACAAGUCCGCCGAGGUCGUGCGCAGCGUGGUGCAGAGGGCGGCCCCCGACUUGGUUAUGGUCGAGUUGGACGCGAGCCGAGUAG